AUGAUUUCUGAACACCCUCAUACUUUUUAUUUUUAUAAAAUUACAUUUAAUGGUGCAACGAAGAAAGCUGGAAAUGCCAAACUUGCAAAGCAUAUCAUAUCAAUAGCGAGUGAAAACACCGACACUGCCUUUGCAUCUAACGUGACAAAAAGAAGCACUGGGCAUAAGGCACUUCCAGUAACGCCAUUGCGUAAGUCUGAAGAAGAAGAAUCAAAUAGUUCCGAUGAUGACCUACAUAGCCUGCCAGAUAUUAGUACUUAUAAAAAUGACAGAGAGGAAGAGUUGUUAAAAGAAAUCGCCCAUUUGAAAUUAGAAUUAGAAAAAGCUCAUAAUGAAAUAGAAAAUUUGAACAUGGGAAAUACAAAAUUAGAAAAGCAAAUUUUAGAAAAGGAAACGCUGACUGUAAAAUGGAAGAAACUAUUUACUGAAGCCAUGAGCACACCCAAUAAACGCGCAUCUCUUACAAAGCGAAAUACCACGGAAAAGAAAAAAGAUAAGAAAUUUGGACAAAGCCGAUCAAUAGAGUUAGAUGAGUCAAACUGUAGUGCUAUAGAACUAGAGAAUACAAAUAUGCCUAUAAUAUUAAAUAAAUCAAGAUUAUACAAUGAGAAAACUAAACAAAAGCCAAAAAGCAAUAGCAUUGUAAUAUUUUCGGAUAGUAUCGGACAAGGAUUGGCGUCAAAGAUAAUAGAAAAAACUGAAUUUCAAGCAAUUUACAACUGUAAAAGAUUAAAGAUCUCGAAAAAAAAUGAUACAGUAGCAGUACUUAUUAUUAAAUAUGAAAGUUCUCUUUAUCAUAAUCAACAAAAGUACAUAAAACUAUUGAACGACUUUGUAAACCAGCCUUAUAGGAAAUUUAACAUGAUAAUCACUGGUUUGCGUUAUAAUAGCAAGAAUGACAACGAGAUUUACCAUAUCAACAAUCAGAUAUUUAACAUAGCUAAAGUUAGCGAAAAUAUCAAAUUUCUGGACUCGAAUAUGAUAAAAAAAAUACAAGGAACUAUAAAUUAUUGA